GUUUCUGUGAGGUUUGAUCCGUCCAUCGACCGGAUUCCCCACCCGGACGCAUCCCUGGAAGAAUCUAUAGGCGAGAUAUGGAAUCAAAGGCUCCAGCAGAACCCAUCGCUGUACAACGGUACGAAAUUUCGGUAUGGAGGGCAUGCCUUGCACCGCAGUGAUGAAUCAAAUCAGGAGUACUGUGUCUCACUUCAUUUGGGACUCACAGAUUAUAGGACAUUUGUUGGAACAAACCUCAGUCCACUGUGGGAGAAGUUUUUGGUCCCCUGUGAAGAUGACUCUGUGUGUUGCCAACACAUGUCAAAUCCACUGGGAAAUGGUGCAAUCGUUGAAACAUCUGAUGAAAAAAUUAUUGUAUUGCAAAGGAGCAACAAUGUCGGCGAGUCUCCUGGACACUAUGUUUUUCCUGGAGGACAUUCUGAGCCACAAGAAGUUGGAAUCUUGGCUCAUCAAAAUGACGAAAAAGAUGUUGCUGGUCUCACUGAAAGAAUUUCUGAUGAAAUGUUUGACGGGAUCAUCCGUGAAGUAGUUGAGGAAACUGGAGUUCCUGCUAGUUCACUGACAGAACCCAUUCUCAUUGGAGUUUCUCGACGAGAAACGAAUGUUAGGCCAGCAGCAUUCUUUUAUAUGAGAUGUAACAUUGAUUCCAGCGCCAUAACUGAGCUUUAUGCUAGAGCUCAAGAUGGUUAUGAAUCCACUAAGCUCUAUGCAGUAUCGCUGAAAGACUUACGAGAUAUGAGUCAGCGGUUGCCUGGUUGCCACCUAGGGGGUUUUGCUCUAUAUGAACUUAUGAGGAACGCUUCGGAAAGUUCGUGAACGAACCAAACCGAUAUGCCAAGCAGUAUCAUAGUUUGUUUCGCAGGUGAAAUUCAUGUAAUCCUUCUCAUUGUGCCAAACUGAUCUUUCUUCUGCAAAUAGGCUGAGUUCUUCAGAGUUCAGAUGGAAAGAAAUCGAACACACGAACCCGAUAAAGAUUACUGAGAUUCAGAUUAAAGAUGAUCAAGAGCAUUCUUCUGUAGACUAUAUGAGAUGUGUCCGUCUUCGUCCGGCAUUGUUCUUUUUCGUCUGUUUUUCGUGCUGUGCAGUGCAGGAGUGUAACCAGUAUUUAUUUACUUCUAUUCCUGGAAUUCUGGUAUGUAGCGCGGUAACAAAAAUGUACGACUAAUCCCUAUCUAUCGAAGAACAAAACAAGCUAGUAACUAUGGAA